AUGGCCUCGAACAAUUCCUUCACGUCAUGUCCUGUGCCCUUUAUUGCGGAGCUUUCAAUCGGUGACACUGGCGGCUACCUCCCCGGUCGCUGGUGCACGCCGCAGGUCAUCGGCGAUGAGACGGUUUCGUGCUGCUUCCCGUGCCCGUUCACGGAUUGGCAGUACUCUGAAGGAUUCCACCCGGGAAUCGUCCCAUGGAUUGCGCUCGGCGUCCUCGUUCUCAUGGUCAUCUCUGCGUUGACGUACAUUCUUUUACCCGUUGAAGACACACAGCGGCAUUACCUUACAUCAAGUCCACUGAUGGGAUUUAUUUUCAUGUCGGUCGCAUUCAUUAUUCCCCUCGGACACACCGACCACCACUGCCACGACGCAAUCACGCCCAACGACUGGCUAUCCGACACGACUUGCGCUUUUACCGGUUCUUUGAUACUGUACGGCGUCUGGGUUCUUAUCAUCGGAUGCUUCUUCCGCUCCCUCUCCCUCUACCUCCAACUAAUCUGGGACGUUGAACCAGGGAAAUGGUUCCGCUUUGUCUCUCUGUUCUUUAUCUUUGGCGGCUCACUCGGCCUACUCGGCGUCGCACUCGGCGUGUCCGGCGUCUCCUACCAAGUCGGCAACAUGUGCUACACCAGCUUCCCAGACAGCAUAGGCUCAUUCUGGGGCCCGCUCGUCGGCGUCGCGUUCAUCUCUUGGCUCAUCCAAAUGUUCAUCAUGGUGUACUGUAUCCGCGGCGUCAUCACCCGCGGCGGAACGGCGCGGUUCUCGAUCUUCAAGAAGCGUGCUGAGGACAGCGAUCCGACGAGUCGCGCCGCUCAAGCAAGGAAUAUCAGACGGAAUAUCUGGCAGAUUCUGGAACUGCAGUGGCGCGCUAUUGCCAUUGCCUGCUUGAUACUGAUAUAUGUGGUUUAUGUUGCACAGGCGGUGCUCAGAUGGGGCGAUCCGAAGCAGUAUAGCGACACAGAACUGCAACCAUGGGUUGACUGUCUCGUCCGCGAGAAAGGUGACAAGACAGCCUGUCGCGACGAGGCCAGCACUAUAGGCCCGAACCAGAAGGAGGCCGUUUCAGCAUUGGCGCUGCUCGCUUCCUGCGGCGUCUGGGGCGUCAUCUGCACAGCCCGCUACACCAUGGUCCUCGGCUGGAUCGACUGGUUCCACGACCUCUUCGACGCCCUCUCCGACCUGCUGCACGGCCGCGCCCGAAACGCCCGCAUAAGCCGCAGCAUCACACCGGGCCUGGGCGCAGAGCAGCGCCGGCCCAACACGCUCGAUCUCGAACUCGUCCCAACGAACGAUACACACUCGGACGCGGUAACCGCCGUAAACCCACCCAGCACCCUCGAAGAAGUCGACAAGCUCUACGGCACGCGCAAGUACCAUAUCCCGAAAAAUAGCUUCUCGCGGCCGGGGACGGUGCACAGCAUGCUGUCGCGCUCGAACUCGCACGCUACCUCGCUGUGGAAUAAUGCGGUGGCCGCGCCGGGCCACGCGUACUCGCAGUCUACGUCGGCGGCGUCGAGACCGAGACGGGCCAGUGCGUUCUCCGGCAGUACGUAUACAGGGAGUACGUUUACCCCGGCCGGGAGUAUCUAUGUGGGUGAUCCGACGGUGCAGAAUACGAUUACGACGACGAUCGAGAGCACGAAUUCGCCGCAGCAUUCGCCGAAGGAGGGGGUGUUUAGUAGGGAGUGA